UGUUCCUAACUUGCGCUCAUUGACGUUGCGCAGUGUAAGCUGGAAGACAGGUUACCGAGGAAAUCUCGUUGAUUCUCGUGAGACUUCCACAGCCACCGGCAGGAGCAGUGCGAAAGAUGAGUGCUCAGCUUUUGAGAACAGUGGUACGAAGUGCCAGAGUGCCCCACCAGAGAUCGAUCUCCUCAACAGCAGUUAGAAGACAGGAUGUUGCAUUAGAUCAAGCUCUGAAAGAUAAAAUUCAUCCAAAAGUUGGAAACCGGGAUAUAGUUGGUUGGGGCUUCAAUGGAUGUGCAAGUUAUGUUGACAGGCCAGAGUUUCCUUGCCCAGCGAUUCGAUUCAAAGAGAACUCAGCUGAUGUUAUGACUCUUCGUGAAAAAGAAAAGGGAGACUGGAGUAAACUUACCCUGGAGGAAAAAAAGGCCUUGUACAGGUCAAGUUUCUGCCAGACCUAUGCUGAAAUGAAAGCCCCAACUGGAGAGUGGAAGUCUGUGCUGUCUGCAGUUCUCCUUGCACUGUCUGCGACUGCAUGGAUAGUCAUGUGGAUGAAAAAAUAUGUUUACCCUCCAAUGCCCUCAACUAUAACCAGGGAGUGGCAAGAAGCACAAGUUGAAAGAAUGCUUGCCCAGGGCCAGGGACGGAUUGAAGGCAUCUCGUCAAGCUAUGAUUAUGAGAAAGGAGAGUUUAAAUAACUCAUAACUAAUAAUGGCUUGAUUGUAUAAAAUAUUCCAUAUUGUUUGUUAUCUGCCAUUCAGUAAUUUUGCUUCAGUGAAUAAUGUCAGGAUUAUUGUACACAGUGAUCAAAACAUUUGUUGAAUGUAUUACAUAACACACAUAGCAAUAAAAGUUGUGGCUUUGAGACUUUCAUUUUCAAUUUGUAGCUCACCUGACUGAAAGUAAAGUGAGCUCUUCACCAGUAAACUUGUUUUGCAGUCAUUGAAGAAACAUUGACAUUUUCUUUACAAAUUGUGAUGAAUAUUGUCUAUGUAUAGUUUGUAUCAAAUCUGUGAAAGUGCACUCUGGGCAUGGUAAACAUAUACUCCUCAGAAA